AAAGGCCCAUUAAGCAAAAGCCUUCCCCGUUCCGUCGUCGUGUUGGUCCGGCCGGCUCGGGAGGGAAGAAACCUUUGGAAACCCUAGCCACGCCACGCCCCCCCUCUCCGCUUCCCGGCUGCUCUUCGCUGCUAGGAGAGGAGGAAGCUAUGGGCGCCGAGGAGGACGCUGCUGCCCGCCGCGAGCGCCUCCGUGCCCUCCGCGCCGCCAAGGAGCUCCUAUCCACCCCCGCCCCCGACGGAGAACAGCAAAAUGGAACCCAUGGUGCCACAGAAGAACACGUGGAACAGCCUGCAUUACCAGGUCCACAGGAUGCACCUGAUGAAGCUUCUAAGGAGAACAUUAGCUCCAUUGAGGAGGUCAAGGAGGUUCAAGAUGAUGGUGAGCUUCCUGCCAUGAAGUUCAGAAACUACCUUCCUCAUGAUGAACAACUCCGAGGUGGUAAGCUAGCUCCAGUUUCUCUUCCUAAGUUUGAAGAUCCAAUCAGUGCUGAAGCUGCAGAACCAAAGCAAGUGGAGAACCCUUUUGGAAACAUAGCCCCAAAGAAUCCAAACUGGGAUCUGAAACGUGAUGUGCAGAAGAGAAUUGACAAACUGGAGAAGCGAACACAGAAAGCAUUGGCGGAAAUUGCAUUGGAGCAACAGAGGGAGAAAGAAGCCCUGGAGGAAGCUCAAGAUUGACCAACCUGAGUCAGUGACAGAACUCGUAAUAUGUAAGGUACUUGGGGCGCUUAGUGUAUCUACCGGUGGGGAUGAACUGAAGUGAAGCAACCUUGAUAAGUAUGAGAGAUGGUGCCUGGAUAGGACUUGUUUUUGAGGUAGGAUAGCUAAUAUAUAAAACUAGAGUGAAAUUUGUCCAGUGCUACAUGAAAACCUGAACUGUAGUAGCUGUGUCCUGUUUUAUGUAGACCAGAUCAAACUAGUGGGGUGAUUAUGAAGCAUGCCUUCAUGCUGCGCUGAGCAGAGUGAGGGUAUGUUUGGUUGGUUGUAUUAUUUGAUUCAUGUAUGAAAUGGUUCAAAAUAAUGAUGAUCCUUUUGUUUGGUUGGUUGAAUUGUACCAACUCAUUCAGGAUGAA